GUUGAGGCGGUGAUGGCGGAGGAUGUUGCAGAAGAGACCAUGAAGAAUUACCACAUCGCCUCGCAGAGGAUCAGCCCGGAGACCAGCCGGUUCCCCUACUGCGUGGUGUGGACGCCCAUCCCCGUGCUGUCAUGGCUGCUUCCAUUCAUCGGUCACAUGGGGAUCUGCACUUCCACCGGAGUCAUCCGGGACUUUGCUGGACCCUACUUUGUCUCCGAAGACAACAUGGCUUUUGGAAGACCCACAAAGUACUGGAUGCUGGAUGUCAGUAAAGUGUACGCCAGCGGCUCCAACGCCUGGGACACGGCUGUGCACGACGCUUCGGAGGAGUACAAACACAGGAUGCACAACCUCUGCUGUGACAACUGCCACUCCCACGUUGCCAUGGCGCUGAACCUGAUGCGGUACGAGAACAGCACGUCGUGGAACAUGGUCAAGCUCUGCCUGCUGGCUCUCGUCCGCGGGAAACACGUCAGCUUUGCUGGCUUCCUGAAGACGUGGCUGCCGUUCUUCAUGCUGCUGGGCGUCAUCCUGACCGUGGCCCUGGCCUUCAACCUCCGGUGACGGGGGGUGGGGGGGCGG